AUGGCUCCUGGAAAUUCCACCCUGGCUACAGAGUUUAUUCUCACCAAUAUCUCAGAAAAUCCAGAACUGCAGGUUCCCCUCUUUCUGGCCUUCCUGGUGAUCUAUGGGCUGACCGUGGCAGGAAACCUUGGCAUUAUCAUUUUAACCAGUGUUGACUCUCGACUUCAAACGCCCAUGUACUUUUUCCUGAGACAUUUAGCUAUAGUCAAUCUUGGCAACUCAACCGUCAUUGCCCCUAAAAUGCUCAUCAUUUUUUUAGUAAAGAAGAAUACUAUUUUAUACUAUGAAUGUGCCACCCAACUGGGAAGUUUUUUGUUUUUCAUUGUAUCGGAGGUUAUCCUGCUCUCUGUGAUGGCCUACGAUCGCUAUGUGGCCAUUUGUAACCCCUUGCUCUACAUGGUGGUGAUAUCUCCACGGUUGUGCCGUCUGCUGGUAGGCCUCACAUAUCUCUAUGGACUUUCUACAGCUGUUGUGGUUUCAUCUUCUAUAUUCUCUAUGUCUUAUUGCUCUUCAAAUGUAAUUCGUCAUUUUUUUUGUGAUAGUAUACCUCUGUUAGCAUUGUCCUGCACUGACAUUUACAUUCCAGAAACAAUAGUGUUUAUAUCCGCAAGUACCAAUUUGUUUUUUUCCUUGACAGUAGUUCUUGUAUCUUAUUUCAACAUCGUUUUGUCCAUUCUAAAGAUGCGUUCAUCGGAAGGAAGGAAAAAGGCCUUUUCCACCUGUGCUUCACAUUUGACGGCAGUCACAGUUUUCUUUGUGACAUUAUUAUUCACGAAUCUGCAAUCUCGAUCUAGUCAUUCUUUACACAGUGACAACAUGACUUCCAUGUUUUACACUCUGGUGAUCCCGAUGCUGAAUCCCAUGAUCUAUAGCCUACGGAAUAAGGAUGUGAAGGAUGCCUUAAGGAGAUUCACAACAAAUCCAUGCAAUUCCUUUAAACUAAUGUAA